GUACCGGCAUAUAAGGCGCUUUCUAGGUAGCUUUUCCCCUCAGCGGCCGUUUGCCUGCCUUUUAUUUGCGACUCUUUGGUAUACCCAAUAUGUGAUCGUACUACGUAUCGUACAAGUACCUACUAAGCUAUAUCCGUAAAUCAUGUAUAUCUUCGAUGUUGGUCAUUGUUCAAGCCAACAAAGAGAGUAACGCUGACCCCACACACGGAAGUAAUCCUCUUCCCCACACGACUCCACGAGGCGGUCAGGGGGCGGGUCCGGGGUGACGGGUAGUUCGGUCAUAAGCUAAAGGUGUAAGUCGUCUAGCCCCGGCACUGGGAUUGGCUGAGAUCGCGGGGGAUUGUCGAUGGGGAAAAAGUUGGGGGGGAUUGUUGACCUUGGCCGGGAUGCCCAAUACGAUACUGCCCAACUAGGACCCUGACAACUAGGACUAGGACUAGGACUCUAGUAUCCUACCUAAACAUGUUUAGAUCCUCGAGAUCUAAAUAGAGUAAGCUCGUAAGGUCUGCAUCCAACCUACAAGCCUCUAUAUUGGACUUGAUAUAAGUGGUAUUAUUCCGUAUUAGUCCCGAGCUUGGCCUACAACUUAGGCGCCGUGACGUAGACUCAUUUGAUAUCUCCCGUCUACCGACAUGAGCAAAAAUACCGCUAAACUCGACAGAUAAAUAUGCAACAUCACAUGUCCACUUGUCAUAUUCUACCUUCCACCUUAGGAAUCAGUUCGACAGCUUCUCUUGCUCGCUACUACGCUGUAUGCGCGCUUAUCUUGGUCCUCUCCCACCGUUGGGUGUUGGCGUCAGGUUCCUUGACUUACACGUGCUGCAGCACACCAUUCCAAUCUCAACCUCAACCCCGGGUACUUGCCUGUCCAGCUCGGGUUGUAUAUUAGCUAAUAUUCCUAUUCUUAUAGACUAGGAAUCGUCGAACGGGGUAGGCGAUAGUUGACAUCGAAGUACAAUCAUCGCAGGCCAAGACUCAUGACGGAAAGGAUAUGAGCAGAGGGUCCCGGCACUAAGCCACUGCAUACUGCACGAUCGUGUCGAUACGAUAUAAAACUACGGUGAAUUGUAUUUUUAGCUAUAGG